AAUCCGCACUGCUUCUCCACGGCGCCAGCAAGCGCACGAAGUAUGGCUGGAGUCUAGGAAUCGUAGAAGCUGCCUCUGACGUCGGCAGGCCGCAAUGAGUUUGACACAUGUCCACCACAGCGCGCCAUGAGCACUCCUCUCGCUAUGACGUGUUCGAAAGAUGCCGGCUUUCCGCUUUGAUCAUCAGCUCGGAGGAUUGGCGCCGUUGACCUGCUCCAGCUGGCAAGUCGGCGCUUCCCACCCACUGCGAUGCACCGUGCUCUGCGCUCCAACAAAUCAAGCGCGUUGGGCAUUCCCGCCGGUUCCCAGCGCGCAGGGAGCGCUUGACACGCAACAUGCGCCAUGCAAACUUGCUCUCAGACGAAUGCGGAACUCCCGUCUCUGCGUUUUCGCCUUCUGCAGGACGAACAAUGAAACUGGGCGAGGCACCGGGCCGCCCACUCCGCGUCGGGCGUCACGUGUCAACAUCCACGGGUUGUCCUCCUGCUCAGGAUAUCGGUUUCUCUCUUUGUGUCAACGUCUCAGUCCCCGUAUUGGGAACCGCUAAUGGCGUACACCUCGGCCUAUUCCUGGCGUCGCUGUUCUCGGCGCAGCCCGGAUGCGCGUUGGUUGGGCCCCGGAAUGACCCGAGACACG